GGGGCGCAGCGCCUGCGGGACGCGGGGACGCGGGGACGCGGGCGGCUGGGCUGCGCCGGGGCCGGGCGUGCUAGGCGUCCCUCGGCUCCGUGCGCACCUCCCCGGCGUUCUCGGAGCUUACCCCCUGACCCAGUGAGUCCCCGCGCCCGGAAAGGCCGGAAGCAGCUUUAAAAAUGGGAGCGCCCCCCACCUCUACUCGGCUGUCUGCAGACCUGGAGGAAUUGCGACGCUGAAAGUCCGUAAGAGGAUCCUCCCCUUCCUCCUCGCCUGCCCCUAUUUGAAUUCCGGGGCUUCGGUGAUACCUUCGCGGUGAGGAACGCGGACGCUUCCCCGCGUAAAGGGAGCUGGCGAGGCCUCCGCGUUUUGGGGAGCCCCGGCGGCCGCGAGGACUUCGCGCUGAGGACGCGGGGCUCGGCGUCCGAGCUGACAGCGCGGGUGGGGCCGCGGCGUCCGGCACCACCCACCUCACGGAGACCGUGCCCGGCUCGCCUCGCUGGAGUCGGCCUGCGGGGCGGAGCCGCGGGGAGGGUGUGUGUGGACACGUGUGCGUGUGUGUGUGUGUGUGUGUGUGUGUGCGGACACGUAAGUGCGUGGACGGACGCGGGGGUGUCAGGAGCUGGGGCGUUCGGGGGCAGGUGGCACCUUGAGUCAUUUGUAAACGUGUGGAGUGGGCAGACCGGGACAGCUGACGGAGAAGAGCCUGUGUAACCUGAAACAGAUGAGCCUGGGAGCGCGGUAGAGCAGCACCUAAAGCAGCUGUGCAGUGAUUCUGGGUCUGCAAGGUGAGGUAAAACCAUCUGGCUUCUAGUCCAAAUGCCAAGGGUGUGACCUGUGUUUUCCCAGGUCUGGGUUCAGUUCACUAGGCGCUUACGGUGCUCCUGCACUGUGCUAAGAACUGGAGACACAAAGAUGGAGUGAAACCUGUCCCCUCCACGGAGAAGCCCCCAGUCUAUGGGUGGAGAGUUGGUGGACGCCAUGCAAGAAGCAACGGCACUACCUCAGUAGUACUUUCCAGUUUCUUCUAUUGUGAAGCAAUGACUUUUCAGGUCUCGCCAGGCUGGUCGGGUGUCUUGUGAGGACAGCCCACAGCGUAGCCACACAGCAAGGAGCUCGUUGUUCUGGUCUCACAAAGCCCCAGCACCACGUAGUGAGGAAGGCACCACCUGUGAUGAGCUCAUCAGGGAGGAGUCGAAAUGUUUCCUGUGUUGGCCAGAAGACAGAACCAAAGCCCAGCUGAAAUGAAGGAAAGAGAGAAAACAGCGAUGAGUGGAUUCACAUUAUUGAAAACUUCUUUUGCUUUCUGGGCCAUUUCUGUCUGGUAGUAACAUUUUCAACAUUCACCAGAAUGAAUUUUCUUUGUUACUGGCAUUAAUUCUGCAUGUGAAUUUUGGCUCCAAAUAUACUUGAAGCUUGGAUUUGGGGAGGGCCUGCAGAGCACUAGAGCCUGGGGCAUUGCCUUUUCCUGCUGUUGAAAAAGAGCCCCCUUCUCCUGUACACCAUUCAGAACUCUUUUCUGGCUACAUGACUCCUUGAAACAUAAGAACAAUGUUAUGUUGGGGAUAUUGGUCUCUGGGCCAACCUGGGAUCAGCACCAACCUGCAGGGGAUUGUGGCUGAGCCACAGGUGUGUGGAUUCACAUCGGAUAGAAGCGUCAAGGAAGUGGCCUGUGGAGGAAACCACUCGGUGUUCCUGCUGGAGGAUGGGGAAGUUUACACGUGUGGGCUGAACACCAAGGGGCAGCUGGGCCAUGAGCGGGAAGGAAAUCAGCCAGAGCAAAUUGGAGCUUUGGCAGAUCAGCACAUUGUCCAUGUGGCAUGUGGGGAGUCCCACAGUCUGGCCCUCAGUGACCGGGGCCAGCUGUUUUCGUGGGGCGCAGGGAGUGAUGGCCAACUGGGACUCAUGACUACUGAGGAUUCGGUGGCAGUGCCCAGGUUAAUACAAAAGCUGAACCAGCAAACGAUAUUACAAGUUUCCUGUGGCAACUGGCAUUGCUUGGCUCUUGCAGCUGAUGGUCAGUUCUUCACCUGGGGAAAGAACAGCCAUGGGCAGCUGGGCCUGGGGAAGGAGUUCCCCUCCCAAGCCAGCCCGCAGAGGGUGAGGUCCCUGGAAGGCAUCCCCCUGGCUCAGGUGGCCGCAGGAGGCGCUCAUAGCUUUGCCCUGUCUCUCUCAGGGGCAGUGUUUGGCUGGGGCAUGAAUAAUGCAGGGCAGCUAGGGCUCAGUGAUGAAGAAGAUCGAGAGUCUCCUUGCCAUGUGAAACUCUUGCGAACCCAAAAAGUCGUCUAUAUUAGUUGUGGAGAAGAACACACUGCAGUCCUUACAAAAAGUGGAGGUGUGUUUACCUUUGGUGCUGGUUCCUGUGGGCAACUCGGACAUGAUUCCAUGAAUGAUGAGGUUAACCCAAGAAGAGUUCUGGAGCUGAUGGGCAGUGAAGUAACUCAGAUUGCUUGUGGCCGACAACACACUCUAGCCUUCGUGCCUUCUUCUGGACUCAUCUAUGCAUUCGGUUGUGGAGCAAGAGGUCAAUUGGGAACAGGACACACUUGUAACGUUAAGUGCCCAUCCCCUGUGAAAGGUUACUGGGCCGCCCAUAGUGGCCAGCUUUCCGCCAGAGCCGAUCGCUUUAAAUAUCAUAUUGUUAAGCAGAUCUUCUCUGGAGGAGACCAAACUUUCGUACUUUGCUCCAAAUAUGAGAAUUCUUCCCCUGCUGUUGACUUCAGGACGAUGAACCAGGCGCAUUACACCAGUCUAAUAAAUGAUGAAACUAUAGCAGUUUGGAGACAAAAACUCUCAGAACACAACAAUGCAAAUACAAUCAAUGGUGUUGUUCAGAUACUGUCUUCUGCAGCCUGUUGGAAUGGAAGUUUUCUUGAAAAAAAAAUUGAUGAACAUUUUAAAACAAGUCCCAAAAUCCCUGGGAUUGAUCUGAACUCAACGAGGGUGUUAUUUGAGAAGUUAAUGAGCUCCCAGCACUCCAUGAUUCUAGAGCAGAUCUUAAACAGCUUUGAAAGUUGCCUGAUUCCUCAGUUGUCGAGUUCACCACCAGAUGUUGAAGCCAUGAGAAUCUAUUUAAUACUACCGGAGUUCCCCCUGCUCCAGGAUUCCAAGUAUUACAUAACAUUGACUAUUCCCCUGGCCAUGGCCAUUCUGCGGCUGGAUACAAACCCCAGCAAAGUAUUAGAUAACUGGUGGUCUCAGGUAUGCCCAAAAUACUUCAUGAAGCUGGUAAACCUCUAUAAAGGUGCAGUCGUGUACCUCCUGAGAGGAAGAAAGACAUUCUUAAUUCCUGUGCUGUUUAACAAUUAUGUUACAGCAGCUCUCAAGCUCUUGGAGAAGCUGUAUAAGGUAAAUCUUAAAGUGAAGCAUGUGGAAUAUGAUACAUUUUACAUUCCUGAGAUUUCCAAUCUUGUGGACAUUCAGGAAGACUACCUCAUGUGGUUCUUGCAUCAAGCAGGCAUGAAGGCUCGACCAUCUAUAAUACAGGAUGCUGUAACACUUUGUUCCUACCCUUUCAUCUUUGAUGCCCAAGCCAAGACCAAAAUGUUACAGACUGAUGCUGAACUACAGAUGCAGGUGGCAGUCAACGGAGCCAACCUGCAGAAUGUCUUCAUGCUUCUCACCUUGGAGCCUCUGCUGGCCAGAAGCCCCUUCCUGGUCCUUCACGUUCGCAGGAACAAUCUUGUCGGAGACGCCCUAAGAGAGCUGAGCAUUCAUUCUGAUAUUGAUUUGAAAAAACCUCUCAAAGUAAUCUUUGAUGGUGAAGAAGCAGUGGAUGCUGGUGGUGUCACAAAGGAGUUCUUUCUUUUACUGUUAAAAGAACUUUUGAAUCCUAUCUACGGGAUGUUUACCUACUACCAGGAUUCAAAUCUCUUGUGGUUUUCAGAUACGUGUUUUGUAGAGCACAACUGGUUUCACUUGAUCGGCAUAACCUGUGGACUGGCUAUCUACAACUCCACAGUGGUUGAUCUCCACUUCCCGUUGGCGCUCUACAAGAAGUUACUGAAUGUAAAGCCUGGCUUGGAAGACCUAAAGGAGCUGUCACCCACUGAAGGAAGGAGUCUUCAAGAACUUUUAGAUUAUCCUGGGGAGGAUAUUGAGGAGACUUUCUGCCUCAAUUUCACGAUUUGUCGAGAAAGCUAUGGAGUGAUUGAACAGAAGAAGCUGAUCCCUGGGGGAGACAAAGUGACUGUGCGCAAGGAAAACAGGCAGGAAUUCGUGGAUGCUUAUGUGAAUUAUGUCUUUCAAAUCUCCGUUCACGAAUGGUACACAGCCUUCUCCAGCGGCUUCCUGAAGGUGUGUGGCGGCAAGGUGCUGGAGCUCUUCCAGCCCUCAGAGCUGAGGGCUAUGAUGGUGGGGAACAGCAACUACAACUGGGAAGAGCUGGAAGAGACGGCCAUCUACAAGGGUGAUUACUCAGCCACACAUCCCACUGUGAAACUAUUUUGGGAAACAUUUCAUGAGUUUCCAUUGGAAAAGAAGAAGAAGUUUCUCUUGUUCCUGACGGGCAGUGACCGGAUUCCCAUCUAUGGCAUGGCCAGCCUGCAGAUUGUCAUCCAGUCCACAGCCAGCGGGGAGGAGUACUUGCCCGUGGCCCACACUUGCUACAAUCUUCUUGAUCUCCCCAAAUACAGCAGUAAAGAGAUCCUGAGUGCACGGCUGACCCAGGCCCUUGACAACUAUGAGGGGUUCAGUUUGGCUUGAGGCUCCCCCUCUUGCCCCAGAUUUCCCUCCCUUCCUCAGUGUCCAUGUUGAGGCCCAUACAGUAAAUCCUAGGGAGGGAGUUCUAUUUUUUUAUUGUAUACAUGGGUUGGGACUUUUGAAUCCUGAACCUAGCAGAUGUGUUUCUGGGCUUGUGAGCAGUAAGCCACCCUUUUGAAAAAUCACAGUUUAGGGACGGGGUGAAAAAUUGGUUCUCAAUAUGGGAGGCAUUUUUGUUUUUAAACCAAAUUAUCUAGUAGCAGUCCUUGCACUUGUGAUUAUGUUGCACUCUGCUGGGUAAAAUGGCAGUGAGAUUUUAAACUCUUACUUCCCAAAUGUCUCUCUCAGCCCUGAAAAUUCCUCACAGUGCUUCCUGUCCUCUCUUAACUGCUCAUUCCUCCGCAAGAAUGAUUUUGACUAACGUGUCCUUUCUCACCUGCACGUGCGGAACGUCUCCUUUCUCUGCAGACUUGGAAAUGCUCCUGGCUUGCUGCAGCCCUGCUGUAAGGACUAAAGGGGAAAGGACUACUUCAGAAAUUCCCAAUUCCAGCAAGCUGGAUCUGGGUCCAUUACUUUGGCUGAACUCUUGAGAAUUUGUGGGAGCCUUUAUCAACACGUCUUGCUUUAUAAGAAGCUGUCGAGGGACUAGCAGCCUCCCCCUGGCUCUGCCUAUGCCUGGACCUACGUAAAGGCACGCAGAGCAGCUUAGCAUUGCCGCUGAGCCAAAUUUUGUUCUGUUGUUCAGCCAAGUACCUUCAACAAUAUGGUGAGGUGAUAGACCCCCACCCUUCAGUUAUCUCGCUUCUGGAGCAAGUUGCUUCUCCAAGGAAAGUAGAAAUAAUAAAUUUCUUGUCGUCUUUCCCUAUCAGUUUAUACCCUCUAACACUUUCUCUUUCCUUCCUCUCCUUCACGUCAUCCCAUUGUUAUCUGACUUAAUGCUCCCUUCCUAUCCUCCUAGUGGAUGCAUGCAGUCUAUUUUUUUAAUUUCUAUUUAAAUUGCAAAAUUUCUAUUUUUUUUUCCUUGUCCCUAAUUGCUAACACUUAAGGACAUUCUUUACUAUGGAACUUUUGUUUAUUGCAUUUGAAAUGUUUGUUUACAGUGGGAUUUCAGGGGGGAUUGUGUUUAAAGCAAAUAUAUGUAUCAAAAAUAA